AAAAUACGAUCCACCCCCAUCAUUCAUCUCGUUUUAAAGAGGAAGGAAGCCUAAAUUUUGCAGCAUUCAUUUGUUGAUAAUUUAGAUGAAGAAAGCCUAAAUUCUGUCGGUGAUCUACGCUUGUACAUACAUGGAUCCUGAUAGCAUAACUCAAUUAGCCUCAGAUGGGAUAAAUAAAAAACUGAAAGAAGUCUCCAGGGCACAGCCGGAAUGCACAAUCUACAGAGUUCACAGACACUUACGCGACCUGAACCCGAAGGCCUACGAGCCCGAGGUGAUCGCCAUCGGCCCUUAUCAUAAUAAUAAUGAGCAUCUAAAGAGGAUGGAAGGCCACAAGCUGCGUUACCUGCAGCAGCUGCUUGACGCAAAUGAUCCACUGAAUGAUAUAAAAAGGUACGUAGCAGCUGUAAGCAGGUUGGAAGCAGAGGCAAGAAAAUGCUACGCAGAUUUGCCUGAAACCCUAACCCCGGCCGAGUUCGUACAAAUGCUUGUUCUAGAUGGUUGCUUUAUCAUCCAGCUAGUUCGCAAGUUUGAAACAGUGAUCUUGAGGGAGGAGAAUGAUCCCAUCUUCCAAAUGAACUGGAUGAUCAAAAGCUUGCAGCGUGAUCUCAUGCUCUUUGAGAAUCAAUUGCCCUUCUUCGUGUUGUGCGAGCUCUACGACCUCAUCGAGGCACCUGGCCAGCAUUCUAGGUUUUGGAACCUUCUCUUCAACUUCUUCACCAGUCUCUAUCCUGGACAGGGCAGCAAGGCAAUGCCGAUUGUAGAUCCUCGCCAGGUGAAGCAUUUGCUCGACUUCCUCCAUCAGAGCUGGCUUCCUCCGCCCCAGUGCUUGGGCGGAGGAAGCAGUCACCAGGUAAUAACACUAGGGACGAAGUUGCGGUUCAUCGGCAGUGCGAAGAGACUUGAGGAGGCUCAGGUCAAGUUUGAGAACAGACCAAAAGGAAAGUCGUUGUUCGAUGUCAGGUUUGAAAAAGGGGUGAUGAUAAUGGCGCCACUAACCAUCGAGGAUUGGACAGAAUCGUUCCUGCGGAACCUCAUUGCGUACGAGCAAUAUUUUGGGCAUAAUCAAAACAACUUCGUGACUGAUUAUGUCAAAUUCCUUGUCUGCAUCGUUGGUUCCUCCAUGGAUGUGGAGAUACUGACUCGAAAAGGGAUCAUCGAGAACUGGUUAGGGGAUGAAGAUAAGUUGGUGGAGAUGGUGAACAAGCUGGGUGAUUCGGUGGCUGAACCGGGGAAUAGCUUCGUGUAUGCAAAGAUGUUUGAGGAUGUGCAUAAGCAUUGCACAGAACACUGGAAUAUGUGGAGGGCUAACUUGUUACGUAACUAUUUUAGUAAACCUUUCUCUAUGUUUACUCUUUUAGUUGGUGUAUGGGGGCUUUAUCUUGCAGUCAUGCAAACGGUGUUUAGCAUAUUACAAUAUCUCCAAGGAAAGAGGUAAAUGGAGAGGUUGUUUGAAGGGUGUUGGAAGUCGAUUCUCUCUCAGGCACAAAUGAAGAUGCUCAAGAAUUAAGGCAAGGGUUGAUAUGGUGAAGAGUUUUCUUAAUUAAAGUGCAAAUGUGUUGAUUGUUAAUUAUAUUAAUUGUAUUUUAUUUGAUGAUAGACUUGAGAAAUAUUGCUUGAUAAAUUGCUAAAAUCCAAUUAAUGGUUUCUUGGGUGACAAA